CUGUCAACUCGCAGGCGGAGCGGCCUGUCACACCGAAGCCGUGAACUGAACGGUAAGGUAACGGUGAGUGGCAUGAGCUCGAGGUGGGGCGAGCAGUCGGGGCAACCCCGACGCGGGGCCCAGGAUGAAGAACAGAAGCAUCCCAAUAAAUGGCGUGAAAAGAGGUCGGAAUGUGUCAUCCCGUCUGCGGAUGACACAAAUCUUCCUCGGAUCCCUGGUUUUCAAGGAGAUGGUCCCAUAGUGGUUGGAACAUCCGAGGAUCCUUCAGCUGCCAACAUGUUGGCACUGCCAUUCUGCAAACAUCCUGGUGACACAGAAUCCCCUCAACAAAGUUUGUGUAAUUCAGAUGAGCUGUCAGAACAUGAAGUAAAAGAAGAUGGCAAUCCUAUUAAAAAACCUAACUCCAGUAAAACCAGUCACGAUCAGACUGCAGCACGCGUGGUACCUGACCAGAUGUCGACUGCAGAGCACUAUGAGGCAUCACCCUCAUCAAGCAGCUCAUUUGAGUUUGUUGACAUAGACGCAAUCCUCUCUUCAUAUGAACCUGUACGCCCUCACUGGUUUUACUGCAAACAAACGGAUUUCAAAGACACUUGGGUGCCAUUUAGUAAAGAAGAUUCACAGAAGCUUGAGGAAGCAUUUAACUCUGCAGUAGAAGGCUCAGAGAAGGUAAUUGUUUCUACGGAGGGAGGACGAUAUGAUGUGCACCUGGCAGACAGAAAGCAGUACCCGGUGUACUGGGAGCAGGCAGUCUCGGAGGUCAGAAGGUGCAGCUGGUUUUACAAAGGUGACAAGGACAAGUUCAUUCCCUACCUUGAAGACAUAAGUGACCAGCUGGAGGAACAUUAUAUGAUUGCUGUGACUCAAGAUGAAUGGAGAAAAAAAGUCGAGCUUCCAACAGGAGAGACAUUUAUUCUCCAUAACCCAAAGCUCAUCAUGCAGUAUCAGCCCAUGGGGUUUCAAGAUGAAUGGGGCUCAUCUCCAAUAGAGCAGAGUCGCCCCAGAACAGUGAAAAGAGGAGUUGAGAAUAUUACUGUGGAGAUUCCUGAAGGAGAACCAGAAAAGGUGGACCACUUGGUGUUUAUGGUUCAUGGGAUUGGACCAGCAUGUGAUCUUCGUUUUAGAAGCAUCAUUCAGUGUGUGAAUGAUUUUAGGAGUGUUUCACUAUGCCUGCUGCGGACUCACUUCCGAAAAGACAAUGACCAGCAGGAGAUUGGAAGAGUGGAGUUCUUACCGGUUAAUUGGCACAGUGCCCUCCAUGGAGAUGCCACAGGAGUUGAUAAGGAUAUUCAGAGAAUUACAUUGCCCAGCAUCAGUAGACUCAGACACUUCACAAACGAUACACUUCUAGACUUGUUCUUUUACAACAGCCCCACCUACUGUCAGACAAUUGUGGAUACGGUAUCCUCAGAGAUUGAUCGACUGUACAGACUUUUCCUUCAGAGAAAUCCUGGAUUCAGUGGUGGUGUUUCCGUGGCAGGCCACAGCCUAGGUUCUCUCAUACUCUUUGACCUUCUCACCAAUCAGAAGAAUGCAGAAAGUCACAAAAAUCCUCAGGUAAAUGUGGCAGGCAUUUCCAUUAAGGAGAACGUUCAUAAUCUCGAGGAGGCCCUUCAAAGUAUUGGUUUGUCUGAAUACACUUCAGUAAUACAGAAGGAACAACUUGACAUGGAAUCUUUGGCCCUGUGUACAGAAAAUGACUUAAAAGAGAUUGGCAUUCCUUUGGGACCUCGGAAAAAGAUAAUGAGCUUUGUGAAGAAGCAAGCAAUGCAGCAGGAGUGCUUUUCUGCGGAGCAGCAGCCUUCAUCUGGCGGUCAGCACCUCAGAACUGUUCUGGACACAACAGAGACCCAAACUAUCAAUGCUGGUGUACAGCCUGUCACUCGGACCCUGUCAAUGAGCAGUGUCAGUCCUGUUGAUUAUGAGUACUUCGAUGUGGGCAUUGGACAGGUUUCCAUCAAUUACCCACAGUUAGCCUUUGAACCCGUAACAUUCUUUGCAUUUGGCUCUCCAAUCGGCAUGUUCCUUACAGUGCGGGGACUCAAGAGAAUAGACCCGAACUACAGCUUCCCAACAUGCAAAAAUUUUUUCAAUAUCUAUCACCCGUUUGAUCCUGUAGCUUACAGAAUUGAACCCAUGAUUGUACCAGACAUGGAGUUUGAACCAAUGCUAAUUCCACACCACAAGGGCAGAAAGAGAAUGCAUCUUGAGCUGAAGGAGAGCCUGACCCGUAUGAGCACAGAUCUCAAGAAUAACGUACUGGGCUCGCUGCGUACUGCCUGGCAGUCAUUCACUCGCAUCCCUGUGCCAGCACUGCCCACGGUGGCCGAUGGCGACACUCUACCUGAAGCUGCCACCCAAGAGAGUGAAGUGGUGAAAGAAGAGCCAUGUCUGCCUUUAAAGGAGACCGAACAAAUGAACAUCAAGACUGGCUUGCUGAAUGGAGGCCGCCGGAUUGACUAUGUCCUGCAAGAGAAGCCGAUUGAGAGCUUUAAUGAGUACCUGUUUGCCCUGCAGAGCCACCUGUGCUACUGGGAGUCCGAGGAUACAGCCUUGCUGAUUCUGAAGGAGAUUUAUCAGAGACUGGGAAUCUGUUUGGAGAAUGUGCAGCAAUAGCGGCUGUAGAUGUCGUCCUCUGCUGCUUUUGAGGGCUGAUGAAAAAGCAGAUCUGCUAAAUUCUUUCAUCUUGUCAGUGCCCAUCUUUUACCGCCCUAAAACCCAUCAUCAGCAUUUUAUACUGGAGUCUGGGCACCAAGGAUUUACAGCCCACUUCACUGGAAAUGCUGAAGGCCGCAUACAGGUGAUCUGAAAAGGGCAGCCACAAAGCGUACUACAGCAUACCAGAUAAGCAUCAGGCAAAGAGAAUGGAAAGUAAUAACCAAAACGUUUUUUGUAAUGUCAUUUCAGUCAAUGAAAAAAAUAAUGUGUAUGUUUUUAAGUAGUUUCAUCAUUUAUUUUUCUACAAAAUCUGCACAUUGCAGGCUGCUGGAGUUAAACCGGCAGGAAAGAGUCGAUUGGGCAGAUUCCAUUUGCCAAGCUUAGCAAUGAAAGAAAUACCAAAGGAAAACGGAUGUAAACUCUUUUCGUGCUGCUAGUUUUGAGAGCAAAUCUAGUCAACGGAGGACAAUGUAUACAUGAAUUCAUUGUACUAAACUGCUUUCUGAAGAAACAUUGUUCAGCUCCAAAUGGUCUCCCUAAUUAUACAGUCGAUGCAGACUCCAGAUACUGGCUCAGUAUAUCAUAUUUCAUUAUGAAAUGCAGCUCACUCCUCUCUGCUUUGGGCUUGCUAACAAUCUGCACCUUAAAGUGUUAUCAAUGAUUUUUAGAUGUGGCAAGGAUACUGUGAAAGGUUUGCACUUUAUAUGUACAUAAAUAAAAAGGUAUUUACAUUUUUUAUUAACUGAC